CAUCACAUUCGAUAUGCAUAGAGUGAAAAUGGAGUCUUCUAAGCAGCUCACUGCUCUUCUCUUAAUCUCCAUGUUUUUCAUCUCUUCUGCCGCACCAAUUGCUCUUGAUUGUGUACCCUGCGGCGAUAAACCCCCUCACCACCAUAAUAAACCACCCAAAUCCCCCAAACCACCUACCGGUAAACCACCAACCACCCAUCCUCCCGUUGUCAAACCACCAAAAACCCACCCGCCAGUCGUCAAGCCACCAGUUGUAAGACCACCAAUCACCCUCCCACCGAUCGUCAGACCACCAGUUGUAACCCCACCCAUCGUCAAACCACCAGUUGUAACCCCACCAAUAACCCUUCCACCAGUUGUAACACCACCAAUCACCCUUCCACCCAUCGUUAAACCACCAAUUACCCUCCCACCAGUAGUGAACCCACCAUCUACGAAGCCAGGAACUCCAUGCCCACCACCACCGUUUGUUCCUGCGCCAGCGGCCACCUGCCCCAUUGACGCACUGAAGCUUGGAGCUUGUGUGGAUCUUUUAGGUGGAUUGAUUCAUAUCGGGUUGGGUGACCCUGUGGUGAACAAAUGUUGCCCAAUUCUUGCUGGGCUAGUGGAGCUUGAGGCUGCCGUAUGCUUAUGUACAACACUAAAGCUUAAGUUAUUGAAUAUCAACAUAUAUCUGCCACUUGCUCUUCAGUUGCUUGUUACUUGUGGCAAGACUCCUCCUCCUGGUUACACUUGUUCUAUUUAAGUUUUCAAGAUCCCAUUUUAGGGGUUGGGUACGUUGAUGAAUCCACUGAUGAAAUUGUUGAGGAUGUCGACUUAUCCAAAAAUCUCUUUGUUUGGAGUGAUUAAGGAACUUUUCGAUUGUUUUGAUUGAUGUUUAAUUUAAGUUGGAGAUCAUUUUUUUUGUUUGAAAGAUGAUUAGUUAUUGUUUAAUGCAUGGUUUGUUGUGUUGAUGUAAGGAAUUAAAAGCAGUAAUUAAUCAAGGGACUGAAUGUUUUUAAUUAUUA